UUGGACUGUUGACUCAUUCAUGUUUGACAUUCAUUGCCCACAAACUGUGACUUUUCAACAACCAUAAGCAACUUGAUGAGAAAGGUGAUUUCGUUGAAGAUAUUAUUGCUGCGAUAUUCACUCGCUCCUGCCCGGCUAUAGACACAUUGACGUCAUCAUUGAGUGGUUUUCAGUUUAUUCAACCACAGAACCAAAGCUCCAAGUCUUGACUUAAUCAGAUCAAGGUAAUCAUGCCUGAUCGUUCAGAAGUCGCCUACUUUGGUGCUGGCCCAGCCCCUCUUCCUACUCCUGUCAUAGAAGAGAGCGCAAAGGCUUUUGUCAACUUUGACAGUACCGGCUUGUCCCUGGCUGAGAUCUCCCAUCGGUCUCCCACUGCCAACAAAGUUUUGGCCGAUGCCAAGGAGGCCUUGACAAAGUUAUACGAUGUGCCCACCGAUGAGUACGAAAUCUUCUUCAUGCAAGCCGGUGGAACGGGAGAGUUCAGUGCCGCCCUCCAAAAUUUGGUAGGAGCUUUUAUCGAGAAAAGGCGGAGGAAGGCAGUCGCCGAGCUUGGCGAAGGAAAGGACGACCAAGUCCUCGAACGCGUCAAAAAGGAGAUUGAGUCCGACUUGAAAGCUGACUACCUAGUCACCGGAUCAUGGUCUCUCAAAGCCAGUCAGGAAGCAACAAGACUGAUUGGAUCGAAGUAUGUCAAUGUCGCUAUUGACGCCAGAAAAAGCAACAACGGCAAAUUCGGUGUCAUCCCUCCCGAAAGUGAAUGGAAGCUGUCCCCAACCAGUGCGUUGAUCUAUUACUGCGACAAUGAGACUGUCGAUGGUGUGGAGUUUCCCAGUUUUCCCGAAUCACUCAAAACCAAACCUGGAGAGGACGACAAGAUUGUUGUCGCAGAUUUCUCGAGCAAUUUUCUUAGCCGCAAAAUCAAUGUCAGGGACUAUAGUGUCAUCUUUGGCGGCGCUCAAAAGAACCUAGGAAUAGCAGGCAUUACAGUAGCUAUUGUUCGCAAAACAAUCCUAGACCUGGUCCCGCCACCGACCUUCCUUCACCAACUCUCUUCAGUCCUGCCAACCUCAGGCGCUCUCCCACCUAUCAUGUUUUCUUUCUCCACUAUCGCCUCUAACAACAGUCUAUACAACACGCUCCCUGUUUUCAAUCUCUACGUCGCCACCCUUGUCCUGCAGAGCUUGGUCUCCAAAUUCGGUGAAGAAAAGGUGGCCGGUCAAGAGGAAAUUGCCAACACCAAGGCGAAGCUGAUAUAUGACACUCUCGACUCAUAUCCUGAUGUCUUUUAUGUUGUCCCAGACAAGAGUGUGCGCAGUAGGAUGAACAUCUGUUUCCGAAUCGUCACAGGAAAGUCAGACGAUGGUGUUAAACCGGAUGAGGCACGGGAAAAGGCAUUCUUGUCGGGGGCAGAGAAGCGGGGACUUCUCGGGCUGAAGGGUCAUCGAUCAGUUGGUGGAAUUCGAGCCAGCAACUACAAUGCAGUCCCUCUGGAGAAUGUGCAGAAACUAGCAAAUUGGUUGACCGAGUUUGCCAACUCAUGAGUUUAUCAAUUCGGAAUGGGACCACACCAUUAUUCGGCAACAGGCCCUCAGAGACGAUAGAGUUGAACGUUCAACUACCCAAAAGAAUACAGGCUAGGAAGUGGAAAGCAAAACACACGAAAUAUUGUCUUCACGUGACCUUCAAGCCCGUAGACUGAUCAGUCUACGCAUUUGUCGGUGGUCGUUCUUGUUUGUGGCCUUGGCAUCGAAUCGACUGAUGACCCUGAUCCUCACGCGAUUCCAGGUGGGCAGACCUACAUACCAAAGUAGCCAGUUAAAUGAAGACGUAGACUAAUCUGCGAAACUGUGCCUGGA